AGUGGGGUGUUAAUUAAGGAGCCUACCACCUGCCUCCCUGUGGCUGUGGUGGUGGGAGCUCUGUGGCAGCUGGUUCCACCAGCUCCUGCUUGUUUACUAGUACAUAGAGCCAGGAACCUGGUUAACCCUUUCUUGAUUAUCCCUUAUUCCCCUAGUUUCUGUCCUAUCCAAGGCUGUUUCCCAGGGCUUGGACCCCAGUUACCCCAGUUGUGACUUGUGCCUGGAAGCUGCAGUCUAAGAUCCUUGGGCCUAGGGAAGCCUUGGGACUAAAGGACAAGCCAGCUAAUCUUGCUUGUCAGGCACAGAGCAGCUAAAAUUAAAACUGCCAAGUGGCCUUUUCUUUCUCUGCUGGUGACUUGGUGCCUGCCAGCUCUUUGGGGGGUGUCAGGGGCAAGGUCAAGCGUCCCGCCUUGUGUUUUGUCAGCAUUUCUUUGCAAAGGGUCGCAGGCUAUUCUGUUCUCUCAGGUCUAGGGCAGCAGGCAUGCACCCACUGCGGGACCAGAGAAGUUCAUGCGAAGUCACAGCCCUGCGACGUAGUGAGGGCCUCACCUGGCUCCUGCUGCUGUCACUUGGCUGCACUCCCUUUGGGGACAAAGGCACCUUAGAGCUGCUUUUCCUUCAAGGAGGCCUAGGGGCCCAGCAAGCUCCUGUUGCCCCCGGCAUUUGUCCAGCGGGCUAGCAGUUGUGGCCUGGGCUGCUGUCCAUCCCUGAGCUGGGCAGCUCCAUGUGUGUAUGUGGAGGGGAGUCUGGGUGGUUGGGCCCUGGUCUGGGUGCCUGUUCCCUUGCUGUAGGCCUGUGGGGUACAAAGAAGCCUUGGAAACCGGCAAGUUCAGUGAAUUUCCAGAACCCAGCUCAGGGAGUGGGGAGGGAUUUUUUUUCCCUUUGUCCUUCACUGAAGGGGUGGAGGCAGGGGCGGGCAGACUGCCCUCUUCGACCUUGGCUUCACCUCAUCACGUCCCCCACAAGCCUGGUUUCCCUGGGGGGCUCAUCGGGUGGUUAAUUAGCUCUUUGAAGCUCUGGAAGAGGUAAAGUGGCGCUAUGUGGGUUUUAGAAAUAAAAUCAAUAAGUGACUUAACCACAGCCCAGCUAUCUCCUCUGUCUCCCCCUGGGGGACCAGCUCCGUUCCUGAGCUCACUGCCUCCCUGCUCCCUGCCGGCAGCUUUGUGAAGGUUUUUGGAGAUUAACAAAGUGGCUGACAAAGGCAUCAGGCCGAGGCCUUUCUCCAAGCUGCUCAAGGCCCCAAAAUAGGAAGGAGACAGCAGGAAGGCUUGGCUCUCAGGCUAGCAGCAAGAACCUGCCUUUCUGCAGAGACAGGGAGAGGAGAAAUGCUCUCUCACCUGCCUGAAGACACCUAGGGCAGGGGAAGAGACGGCAUGCUGGGCAGGAAAGGUCAGCAGUGGUGCUCCGUGACUGACACCUGGCCUAGGCCUAGCACUUGGCCUGGAGAAACCCAAGAUUGGUCUAGGGAGGAAGGUAGGAUAUCUGGACAGAAACACAAAACCCCAAGUUGGUUUGGGAUGGGAAGUUGUGCUUCAGGGUUUGCAAUGCUAAAGAGAGGUGAAUGAGAGCCAAUGGGAAAGCAUAAGUAGGUGAGCUUGCUCCUCCACGCUGUGGUUAUGCUGGGCUGGGGUGUGCAAGUAAAGGAGGGGCCCCUUGGGUUGCUUCACCCCUGCAAGAACUGCUUGGAAACAGUUUUGAGUAGGGGCCACUACCACAGCAAAGACAACCCACAAAAAAUUUAGUUGGGAAGCAAAAGUACAUGUGUUCCAGUGGAGAUGACACAUCCGAUACCAUCUUGGAAUAGGCCUGCAAGGCUCCGUCAACACGUGGGUCCUAGGAAAUAAACAUUCUGGAUAACCAGGAAAGGGGCUGCUCUUCCAAAUGGGAAGGGCCAAAUUACUUGGGGGAGCAGGGAGGGAAGAUGGCAGCGUCUGCUGGAACCAGGGCUUUAGUAGCAGGAAAAGAGUCUUGCAGGCAAUAGGGCCUUCAGAGGAGGGACGUGCGGCCAAACUGUGCUGCCACAGCCGGGUGUGUGGUGACAGCACGGGAAAUGGCUGUCUGUUGAGUGUUAAAUUGUGUGCUAGUCCGAGCCCUACUCCAAGGGGGUUGGGAGGCACACCUCAGCUGCUGUUGGAUGCUUGUGGGUAGAAGAUGGGGUGUACCCUCCUCAGACGGAGAGGCUUGAGGAUGUGAGCUAUGAAGUCAGUUUCCAUCAGAUACAAAUCCAAGGCAUAAAAGUGGCUUUCAAGAAAAUUGGGAAAAAUACAGAAAAAGUUGGACAUUUUCCAUAGUCCCACUACAUCAGUGUAGUCACUAAUGACACUUUGGUGUUUUCCUCCCGACUUGUUUUCUCUUACCCAUGACACCUUGGUUGCUGUUUGGGGACAGGGGAAGACAGGGCUUGGAAACCUGAAAACCUGGGCAGGACUUGCAGUUUGGCCCACGCACCAUGCUUGGUCAGCUGUCAGUCCCAGGAAACAGCUUGGCUUUCCCUGAACUAUGAACCACAGGGCACUCAGUAGCAUCCUGCCGCUGCCUGGGCCUGGGACCGGCUCCCUCGGCUCAUGGACCAGAAAGCCAGUCCUCGGCCUGCCCGCCGCCUGGGAGGCCCUGGCAGCCUGGAGGGCACACGAUCUGGGGCUCCUUUGGCUCAAAGAACCAAGCAGGAUCUAAAGUUCCUCUCAAGAUUAAGAGGUAGGGAUUUAUUCUCUCAUUUGAGAAUAUAAAUUUGAUGAAGGAAUCCCAGGCUCAGAAGAGUAAGGCAUCCAGCCUGAGUUCACAUAGCCCGUGAGUGCUGGGGCAGCCGAGGCCUCAAAGGGAAGCACCGGAAGCUGCUGGGUCAUAUGGACGAGUAGUAUCGAGACCCUGGGGUGCAGGUUAGGCUCCCAUUUUACAGCAAGGUCACAGCUGGGAACCCUGGCCUCUAAAUCCCAGUAUGUGGCCCCAGGGGUGGCCCUGGGUAGGAGGAGUGAGAGAGAAAAGCCUCCAGUCACCUCCCUGGGACCCUCACUAUGGUUAACCAGUACUGGGGUGUGGAUGCUUCAGGUCCUCCCACCCUUGUGGGCCCACCAGACUACAGUUCCCAGGGGCCCCUGCUGCAGGCUGGUGCUGUUAGCCAAAGCUAGCCUGUAAUCCGACCGUCCUCGAAAGGUCACUUCAGAGCUCCUUGAGGGACAGCAACAGGGGGAGCUUUGAGCAGCGCAGUUUUGGUGGGGGUGGGGAGGGGGCAGUUUCCUGCCUCAGGCACCCUCCCCCACAGCACCCUCUACAACCCAGGGUGCUGGCCCCUCUUGCCACCCAGGCAGCCUCCUCACUCCCCAAUGUAACCAACACCAGCCCCUAUCCUGUGCCCGGGUAUGGAGGCCCUCAGCUUGGGGUUGCCAUGGAAGCUUCCCCAGAGCUCCUUGGUCCAUGGUUUGCAGUCUCUGUGGGCAAAUGUGUAAGCAGACACCAAGCUGCUCUGAUGAAGAGGGAGAGUGAUCAGGGCGCUGGGGGCUGGGCCCCCUAGGCCCCUCCAAGGAGUCCAGGCUGAGAGCCCCCAAUCCUUCCCCACCCUUCACCUAUCACCCAGGAAAAAGGCCCGGAAUGGGGAGCACUCUAUCCAAAGCCACACCGCCCGGCACCCUGCCUGCUGGACCUUGUCUCCCACCUAUGGCAGUGCCAGGGGGCAGCGGGCCCCCAGUGUGUGAGGCCCAGAGGAAGUGGGUCUGUGUAGGGCCGUGAACAAGCCGGGCAGGGCCUGGCCCCGUGUGGAAGCUCGUCCCUCCCCUCCCCUCCUCCCCUCACCCCCAAAAUAGCUCCUGAGCUGCCCCGCCAAGACCCUCCCACUGUGGGGGGGCGGGCCGCCCAGAGCCAGGCUUUAAAUCCCCUCUUGGCUGGGGAUCUCCACUCCCUGCUGCAGCCUGCCCGUCCCCCGUCGGUCCAUCCCGCCCUCCGGCAGCCAUGUCCCGGCCCCUGACGGACCAGGAGAAGAGAAAGCAGAUCAGCGUGCGUGGCCUGGCCGGCGCGGAGAACGUGGCCGAGCUGAAAAAGAACUUCAACCGGCACCUGCACUUCACGCUCGUCAAGGACCGCAAUGUGGCCACACCCCGGGACUACUACUUCGCCCUGGCCCACACGGUGCGCGACCACCUGGUGGGCCGCUGGAUCCGCACGCAGCAGCACUACUACGAGAAGGACCCCAAGAGGAUCUACUACCUGUCGCUGGAGUUCUACAUGGGGCGGACACUCCAAAACACCAUGGUGAACCUGGCCCUGGAGAACGCCUGUGAUGAGGCCACCUACCAGCUGGGCCUGGACAUGGAGGAGCUGGAGGAGAUCGAGGAGGACGCAGGUUUGGGCAACGGGGGCCUGGGCCGGCUGGCAGCCUGCUUUCUGGACUCUAUGGCAACGCUGGGCCUGGCUGCCUACGGCUACGGGAUCCGCUAUGAGUUCGGGAUUUUUAACCAGAAGAUCUGUGGAGGGUGGCAGAUGGAGGAGGCCGAUGACUGGCUUCGCUACGGUAACCCCUGGGAGAAGGCGCGUCCCGAGUUCAUGCUGCCUGUGCACUUCUACGGCCGGGUGGAUCAUACCAACCAGGGGGCCAAGUGGGUGGACACACAGGUGGUCCUGGCCAUGCCCUAUGACACCCCCGUGCCCGGCUACCGCAACAACGUCGUCAACACCAUGCGCCUCUGGUCUGCCAAGGCCCCCAAUGACUUCAACCUCAAGGACUUCAACAUCGGCGGCUACAUCCAGGCUGUGCUGGACCGUAACCUGGCCGAGAACAUCUCUCGUGUCCUGUACCCCAACGACAACUUCUUCGAGGGGAAAGAGCUGCGGCUGAAGCAGGAGUACUUCGUCGUGGCCGCCACGCUCCAGGACAUCAUCCGCCGCUUCAAGUCCUCCAAGUUCGGCUGCCGCGACCCCGUGCGCACCAGCUUCGACGCCUUCCCCGACAAGGUGGCCAUCCAGCUCAACGACACUCACCCCUCCUUGGCCAUCCCCGAGCUGAUGAGGAUUCUGGUGGACCUGGAACGCCUGGACUGGGAAAAGGCGUGGGAGGUGACGGUGAAGACGUGCGCCUACACCAACCACACGGUGCUGCCCGAGGCCCUGGAGCGCUGGCCUGUGCACCUCCUGGAGACGCUGCUGCCGCGGCACCUCCAGAUCAUCUAUGAGAUCAACCAGCGCUUCCUUAACAGGGUGGCGGCCGCGUUCCCAGGGGACGUCGACCGGCUCCGGCGCAUGUCGCUGGUGGAAGAGGGCGCCGUGAAGCGCAUCAACAUGGCGCACCUGUGCAUCGCCGGCUCGCACGCUGUCAACGGCGUGGCCCGCAUCCACUCGGAUAUCCUCAAGAAGACCAUCUUCAAGGACUUCUACGAGCUGGAGCCUUAUAAGUUCCAGAACAAGACCAAUGGCAUAACCCCACGGCGCUGGCUGGUUCUGUGUAACCCAGGACUGGCAGAGGUCAUUGCUGAGCGUAUCGGGGAGGACUUCAUCUCCGACCUGGACCAGCUGCACAAGUUGCUCUCCUAUGUGGAUGACGAAGCCCUUAUCCGGGAUGUGGCCAAAGUGAAGCAGGAAAACAAGUUGAAGUUCUCUGCCUACCUAGAGAAGGAAUACAAAGUCCACAUCAACCCCAACUCGCUCUUCGACAUCCAGGUGAAGCGGAUUCACGAAUAUAAACGCCAGCUCCUCAACUGCCUCCACGUCAUCACUCUGUACAACCGCAUCAAGAAGGAACCCAAUCAGUUUUUUGUGCCCCGAACCGUGAUGAUCGGAGGGAAGGCCGCCCCUGGGUACCACAUGGCCAAGAUGAUCAUCAAACUCAUCACAGCCAUUGGGGAUGUGGUCAACCACGACCCGGUGGUGGGUGACCGCCUCCGUGUCAUCUUCCUGGAGAACUACCGAGUCUCGCUGGCCGAGAAAGUGAUCCCGGCUGCCGACCUCUCCGAGCAGAUCUCCACUGCGGGCACCGAGGCCUCGGGCACAGGAAACAUGAAGUUCAUGCUCAAUGGAGCCCUGACUAUUGGCACCAUGGAUGGGGCCAAUGUGGAGAUGGCAGAAGAGGCUGGCGAGGAGAACUUCUUCAUCUUUGGCAUGCGGGUGGAAGACGUAGAAAAGCUUGACCAGAGAGGGUACAAUGCCCAGGAGUACUACGACCGCAUUCCGGAGCUUCGGCAGACCAUCGAGCAGCUGAGCAGCGGCUUCUUCUCUCCCAAACAGCCUGACCUGUUCAAAGACAUCGUCAACAUGCUCAUGCACCAUGACCGGUUUAAAGUCUUUGCGGAUUACGAAGACUACAUUAAAUGCCAGGAGAAAGUCAGUGCCUUGUACAAGAACCCACGCGAGUGGACACGGAUGGUGAUCCGGAACAUAGCCACUUCGGGCAAGUUCUCCAGCGACCGCACCAUCGCCCAGUACGCCCGGGAGAUCUGGGGCGUGGAGCCCUCCCGCCAGCGCCUGUUGGCCCCUGAUGAGGGGCUCUGAGCCUCCAGACCAGACCCCAAAUGGGCCCCAAGUCUGUCUGCAAUCUCUUGGGCCAGCCCCAGUCCCUCAGCCAGAGGGUGGGGCUACCGGAGUUAGAUCUCUAAGCCUCCUCCUGGAACCCCCAAUUUUCCCCAGCCUCAAGAUCCCAGUGUCCAGGGUUGGACACUGCCCCCCUCCCCUCCUAUUUAUGGGGUCUGACCAACUUCACCCAUUCCCCAAUAAAAUG